AUGGCCAAGACUGAUCAGACCGCUUUCCGAAUUGACAACUUCCAUACAAGUAUUGACUCGAAGACCACACUAGAUGUACCGACUCUCGGUCAUCAUGCCCUGACGAUCCGGAUCAGUCACCGACGUCCUUUUCGUUUGCUACGGUCACGCCCAGUUCAGCGACUCGUGUACCUCGCUCUAGCUCUGGCUGGUCUCCAGCUGUACCUUCUACAUUCCGAAUACUAUGGUGCGCUGAUUGCAAAGUAUUCUCCUACGCUGUUCACGAGAUUGUCUCUUCAAAACGAAGACUUGCUCGCAUCCACGCAUUGGCAGGUGGACAAAGAUGAUACAAACGGGAGUCGACAACAGCUGCUGGAUAAUCGCCAACAAUGGAAGCGACUAGGCUCCGGGUGCGAGGGAGACACCUUUUCCUUUAACGACUCGGUCAUAAAAUUUUUUAAGCCUAGGCGUAGUCCACUGAGGAACUGCAUGCCAAAUACUGCUUCCAAAAUGCGUUGGCCACCAGAAAUUCCAGCAUCUCUAAUCCUCGGGGGACUGUCGGAUCGUUUACCAGACCGCAUCGACUUUCUUCCAGUCUUCGAUUACUUCCUCCUGCCAACUAGUGGGAGCGGCAGCGAUACCGGCCAGUGGCAUCUCGUCACCCCUUUUUUGAAGAGUGGCACACUAGAGCACCUGGCACGGAGACUGCAGAGCCAGAAGAUCUCACAGACUGCCGAAGACAUCGACGUGCGCUACCGAUCCUCAUUCAACCGCCUUUUGAAGGCGCUUAGCACUAUGCACUCACAACACGAGCUGUGUCACGACGAUAUCAAAAUGGACAAUAUUUUUGUCACUGAUGUCAAUCAGUCUUCUAACCAGAGCACUACACCAAGUGAGAAGAAUGCGCACUGGCUCCUCGCCGAUCUCGGAAAUGCUCGUCAACCUGCCCAUAGCUACCACUCUUCACUCCUGUGGGCGCAUGACAAUAGCCAAAAUACGGACUGUCGCAUAAAUGAUGUCGUUCGGCUUGUGAAGUCGUAUGUGUUGUUCCUUCAGUCUGCAGUUAUGGCUGGGGAGCCGAGAGAUACUUUCAAUGGGGUGUUCCUCACCGCUUCGGCACCUUGGAGUCGACUAUACUGGUACACCAUCAACUCCGCUUAUGGUCGUUUGAAUGGAACGACAGCAGCUCGACAGAUACUGGCAAUGUCGUCAGGGGUCUUUACACCUGGUGAGACGGCCACAAGAUCGGAGCUUCCAUGGUCUUCCGCGCCAGCUAUGGAAAUACACGCAGACGGAGGUGAUGACUGGGAAGGUUCUAGUAGGCCAAGACUUCAGCGCUCCUCGUGGGGGCAGUGGAUUUGGUCAGGACUUGGGGGCUCAGUAGACAAGGCAGGCUUGGUGAGACAGCAACUGCGAAUGGGAAUGAAAGCCAGUGAGAGAUGGGCGAAGAUUUACGGGACAUUCGGAGUUUUACCAAUUCCUAGCGAACAGUGCUAG